CUGAGCUGGUGACAGACCUACUGUGUGACUCUCAGUCCGGCUCAGCCUGCAGAUCCGGAAACAUGACCCUCGCUGCCUACAAAGAGAAGAUGAAGGAGCUCCCGCUGGUGUCCCUGUUCUGCUCCUGUUUCCUGGCUGACCCCCUGAAUAAGUCAUCCUACACGUACGAAGGCUGGUGUGGGAGACAGUGUCGGAGGAUAGAUCAAAGCCAGCGGAGAGACAGCGCUGACUGGAGAGAAAGAAGAGAGCAGGCCGACACGGUGGACCUGAACUGGUGCGUCAUUUCUGACAUGGAGGUCAUCGAGCUGAACAAGUGCACGUCCGGCCAGUCCUUCGAAGUCAUCCUGAAGCCGCCCUCCUUCGACGGGGUGCCCGAGUUCAACGCCUCCCUGCCCCGGCGGCGAGACCCGUCGCUGGAGGAGAUCCAGAAGAAGCUCGAGGCAGCCGAGGAGCGACGGAAGUACCAGGAAGCUGAGCUCCUGAAGCACCUGGCGGAGAAGAGAGAACACGAGCGGGAGGUGAUCCAGAAGGCCAUUGAGGAGAACAACAACUUCAUCAAGAUGGCCAAGGAGAAGCUGGCCCAGAAGAUGGAAUCCAACAAGGAAAACCGAGAGGCCCACCUCGCCGCCAUGCUGGAGCGGCUGCAAGAGAAGGACAAGCACGCGGAAGAGGUGCGGAAAAACAAGGAGCUGAAGGAAGAGGCCUCCAGGUAA